AUGAAGGGUUUCACCAUCUGCACUCUGGUUCUGUUGCUGGGAGUGACGUCCUUCGCUGAGGCCAAGGACUGCCCCAGUGGGCUCAUCCCCUGCUACAAUGCCCCUGGUAACGACAAUGUCUGCUGCCCUGGAUCGUGUGGACCCAGCACUAACGGUGGCCGGACCGCCACUUGCGCAAAUGGUGACACCGCCGCCACUCAAUUCCCCCAGCCGGAUGGCGUAGAGCCGACCCUUGCUGUGUACGUCCAGUUUGAUGACCAGAACCCCCUUGAGAACUGCGCCGGACAGGGCGGCGGUGAAGGGACAAAGACCGGUGACAAGUGCAUGUACAGGCCUCACCUGUACAGCCAGGCCACCGACGAGAUCAUCGGGUACGCCACUUUCUUGGUGACCUACGUUGUGGCCUAUGACAAUGUCCCCAACGUGGAGGAGUUCGUCCAGUUCACCUUCUACUUCACCCCCCCCGGCCAGGGUGACAAUGCUGCCAACAACAUUGUGUCCGAUGACAACAUGAUCACAAUGCAGGUCCGCUUCAAGUCCACUGGAAGGGCUACACGGUCUGCUGUCACUGGAGGAACCGGCACCUACCUGGGCGCAAAUGGCUAUGCCAUUGCCCAACCCGCCCCCAAGCCUGCCGAACACAUUGACAGGUUCCUCCAUUGCAUCUACCUGUGUGAGAGUAGCUGCAACCUCCGCAAGCUCACCCCUGUGUAG